AUGUCGACCACUCUCAAGAUGCCACCGAAUGCCUACAUCAGCCAGCUGCCAAGCGAAGCCAACGCCGCAAUGCCACUGCCACUGCCAAAACUAACCGUCGCCCUGCUUGUCUGCGAUCCGGUCCGGAAGAAGGUACUAACAGUGGUACCAACCAGUGAAGGAAACGAGUUCGAAGGCGCACAAGGAUGGCUGCCGCAGACCUCCAUCCGCGAAGAACCCUUGACCCACACGAUUGUCGAAGAGCUCCUUUACCGCUGGACGGCGUUCAGUUCAUCGAGCCAAUUCAAAAUCCACCGAGAAAUGUUCCUUCGCGUCGAACGCCACCUUGCCGAGGCGCAGGAGGUGCGACUCUUCUUCCGCGUAGAAAUCCAAGAUGCAGAAGUCACGCGCUACGCAAUGCGGCCUUCGAAGAGGGUGCGUGUGCACCUGGACACGGACCCGAAGCAGGCAUGCGCGCUUUCGUGGGUGGGAGAUUGGAAGGAUUGCGCCGGGGAGGAGAAUCAAGAGGCCGUGAGGAGAGCUCUCUUGGCUAUGGGCGCGUUGGGUGUGAGUAAGAGGAAGGGCGCCGAGCUCGAGGAUGCGCUAAUGGGGGCGAGAAGCGCUAAGUGGAGGGAGGCGAGAGCGCGUGCUGCGAGCUUACGAUUCAGGGGAUGA